ACGAAGGUGGUCGGGUCAAAAUGCGCGCCCACUUCGCGGCUCGGAGCCGAAAUCGAUCGGUGCGAUGCAUCAGAUCAGACCUGAAGUGAUUGAGUUCGGCAGAUGGACAUAGACAUACCUGAUCAACAGGUUCAGUUGCAUCUAAACUAUGAUAUUCGUAUCAAGAUAGUCUAUCUCUAUUCAAGAUAAUGCAUCAUCGAUGCCCAAUUCACUAAACUAGCAGCAUAACUUACAGGCCUCAGAAUGCCUCAAACACUCCCUCCCGUCUUUGCCGUUACUUGUUUUCUCUCCCAGCUAAAACGUUAGGCCCAUCGCUGUAGAUUUCAGAAGAGCGCCACUGUCUAUCUCCCUUGCUGGGCCUACGCGCCUGACCACGACGACCUGACACGAUGUCGCAUGCGUUCCCCUCUUUAACCUCCGUGCGUCGUCCAGGGCUAGACUGAUUAGGCAUCGUCGAAUGGUAUUUUUCUUUCCAUGCUUCCAGGAAUGACGCAUCGAUGUGACGAUGCUUCGUUUCGAUGAUUAUCUUAAAACUGCUGGACCGCCGAUAUGUCGAUCAAUUGCUUGGCUGGAACUAUCGUGACUCACUUCAUUUACCGUCGCCAUUGAUAUCGUCAAUUAGGACAUCAUGAUUAUGAUACGGCAUACUGUUGGCUUAGCUCUAUUAGCCACUCUUGGCUAUGCUACCGAUGUCAACAACACCGAUCUUGAGCCAUUGCGGUUUACCAAGAAUGGCACUUUCCAGAUCGCCAUCUUCUCCGAUAUGCAUUUUGGACAAUAUGAAUCAUCAACAGGUCCUGAGCAAGAUCGCAAUUCCGUUGCAGUGAUCAGCAAAGUCCUCGACUACGACAGACCUGAUCUUGUCGUCCUCAACGGCGAUCUUAUCAAUGGAGACUCAACGUUUGCUCACAACAGUACACAUUACGUUGACAUGAUUGUUGAGCCAAUCGUCAACCGCAGUUUGACCUGGGCAUCUACAUAUGGCAACCAUGACCAUAACUACAACAUCGCUGGCGAUGAUAUUCUCGAGCGCGAACAGCUAUUCCCCGGAGCGCGCACGCAGAAGAUGGUUAACAAGAAGUUGUCGGGCACAACAAAUUACUAUCUGCCUGUUUACCCCUCUGACUGCACCGACACCAGCGAUUGCAGCCCCAGUCUUAUCCUAUGGUUCUUCGACAGUCGCGGCGGUAACUAUUAUCAGGGAUCUUAUCAACCAAACUGGGUUGACCAGAGUGUUGUUGAUUGGUUCAAUGAAACAAGCAUUGAAUUGAACGACAAGUAUAACAAAACUCUCCCAUCGCUAGCAUUCGUUCACGUUCCAGUCAACGCCACGGUUGCACUCCAAACAGAGAUUGGAAUCCGAAAGAACUACCAGCCAGGCAUCAACGAGGAUCCUCCAGUGUUCCAGCAAGGAGCAGGAUGGUGUGAGAACGCAGACCCCGACGAGACUUGUGAUUAUGGAGGCCAGGAUGUGCCAUUUAUGGAGGCUUUGGUCACUGUUCCCGGAGUCAUUGGUUUGUUUUCCGGUCAUGAUCACGGAAACACGUGGUGUUAUCGCUGGGACAAGAAACUCGAAGGAAUGACUGUUGAAGGCAACGGUAUCCAUCUGUGCUAUGGACAGCACUCUGGUUAUGGCGGUUACGGCGAUUGGAUUCGCGGUGCACGGGAGAUCGUUGUUACAGAGGAUAUGUUGGAGAAGGGCGACGUGGAGUCCUAUAUCCGUCUCGAAUCUGGCGACGUGGUCGGGCGGGUGACGUUGAACUCGACCUACAACGAUGACUACUAUCCUGCUACGCCAAACACCAUGACCUAUAUGUCAGAGGCUUUGAGUGGCAGUGGUAGCGAUAGUGAAAGUGCUGCGAAGAGCAUUCUGUCAGGGUCUGAACUCAUGACGGCUGUUGGGGGAUCGUUGAUUGCGAUUGCUUGGUUGUGCUUUUAAUCUUCAAGGCGUUGUUUAGAUGAGUCACGACGAUAUGGAUACCCAGGUCUUUUGUAUACCAUAAAAUCAAUUCUAUAAAUAUGAAAUAUGUCCCAA